AUGGAGAGAUUUUCCCUGCUCGUCCUCAGCUGUCUCUGCGUCUCUCGAGUCACAGCGGAUAGCUUGUCGCCUCCUGUCAAUGUGACCAUCAAAGCGGUGAAAGCAAACUCUGCUGUGGUGACAUGGGACAUCCCCGAGGGAGACCCCGUUAUUGGCUUUGCCAUCACACAGCAGAAGAAAGACGUGCGCAUGCUGCGAUUCAUCCAGGAGGUCAACACCACCACACGUUCCUGUGCAUUAUGGGACUUGGAGGAAGAGACAGACUACAUUGUGCAUGUCCAGUCCAUCAGCAUGUCUGGGACAAGCCCGCUGAGCGAACCCCUGCGCUUCCGAACGCCCAAGGAGGCCGAGACUCAGGCCUCUAAGAGUAAAGACGAAGUGACGAUGGAAGAAGUGGGCCAGACCACCCAGCUUAGGGCGGGGGAGCUCAUCAUCAUCGUGGUGGUACUUAUCAUGUGGGCAGGUGUCAUCGCUCUCUUCUGCCGCCAGUACGACAUCAUCAAAGACAACGAGCCCAACAACAACAAGGACAAAGCCAAAAACUCCUCCGAAUGCAGCACUCCUGAACAUCCGACAGGGGGGCUGUUGCGCAGUAAGUUCCCCAAGAACAACAACAACAACAAUAGGAUGCCAUCUGUCAACAUCAUUGAGGUGUGACUGCCAGGACGUCUCCUCUUUAUCCAAAAAACUUUGUGUUCUCACAAACAAGCGGGGCCCCUUUUAAGCCCAUCUGCUUGUCAAGAUGAGGCCGGGACUGUGGGCCCCACCCUCG